UUACGGCAGUAUUUGACAGGCGAGCGCGGAAUUUGUAAACAGAGCUAACGUUAGCAGUCAAGAGGUCGAUGUUGCUCCUCAUAAGUUUUAAAUUAGUAAUUUUAGAUGGGCUGGAAUUAUUUUGUCUCAUUUAAUUACUCGGGAAUGAAGAUGGACAACUGGUGGCCACACAGAGGAGAGACAGCAGCAGUGAGGCCGCCUCGCUGCUUCAUGUAAGAGCUGCCCGGCAUGCUAGCUCACCUCCUCGGCAGAUCUUUGCUUCGAUCGGGUCUGACGUUACAGCGGCUGGGGGUCCCGCGGAGUUGUUUCUGUGCGGCGCAGAGUGGCCGGUGUCCGGACACACCGCAGCAGCAGGCAGACAUGAUCCGGGGCCGGGCUCAGAUCAAGCGGGUCCUCUGCGUAGCCGAGAAGAACGAUGCAGCCAAAGGCAUCGCAGAGAUAAUGUCCAACGGCAGGUCCAGGAGGAGAGAGGGGAUGUCAAGGUUUAAUAAAAUCUAUGAGUAUGAAUAUCAUCUCUUUGGUCAGGAUGUGACGGUAACAAUGACGUCAGUAUCGGGCCAUUUACUGGGUUUGGAGUUCACUGCACAGUACCGGAAAUGGCACAGUUGCAACCCAGUGCUGUUAUUUGAUGCCGAGGUACAGAAGUGCUGUCCAGAAAACAUGAAACAAAUCAAGCGAACACUAGAGAAAGAGGUGAGACAGUGCCAGGUCUUAGUCAUCUGGACUGAUUGUGACCGAGAGGGAGAAAACAUUGGCUUUGAAGUCAUAGAUGUCUGCAGAUCAGUGAAGCAUAAUUUACAAGUCUUUCGGGCAAAGUUUUCUGAGAUCACCCCCAACUCCAUUCGGAGAGCUUGUGAGACUCUAAUAGAGCCAGAUGCCAACAUCAGCGAUGCUGUCGAUGUCCGUCAGGAGCUGGACCUGCGAAUAGGUGCGUCCUUCACUCGAUUCCAAACGCUUCGCCUGCAGAAGAUCUUUCCAGAGUCUUUGGCCAAUCAGCUGAUCUCAUACGGCAGUUGUCAGUUUCCCACUCUGGGCUUUGUUGUGGAGCGCUUCAAAGCCAUCCAGGCUUUCAUACCCGAGACUUUCUACAAGAUCAAAGUGCUGCACGAGGUGGGGGAGGACAAUGUAGAGUUCAGCUGGAAAAGAAACCGUCUCUUCAACCACACAGCAUGCCUGGUGCUCUACCAGAUCUGCAUGGAGAAUCCCAUAGCAACAGUCACCUCAGUAACCAGCAAACCCAAGAGCAAGUGGAGACCGCUGCCUUUGGACACUGUGGAACUGGAGAAACUUGCAUCUCGGAAGCUAAAAAUAAAUGCCAAAGAGACCAUGAAAAUUGCAGAAAAACUGUAUACCCAAGGGUAUAUCAGCUACCCCCGUACAGAGACAAACAUUUUUCCCGAAAACCUGCCUCUCGGCCCCCUGGUGGAGCAACAGACACAAAGCCCGAUCUGGGGGACGUUUGCCCAGAGAGUGAUGGAACAGCCGGGGGGUCCCAACCCACGACAGGGCAAGAAAUCUGACCAAGCCCAUCCCCCGAUACACCCCACCAAGUACUCCAAUACACUGCAGGGCAACGAGGGACGUGUGUAUGAGUUCAUUGUCCGGCACUUCCUGGCUUGCGUAUCCCAGGAUGCUUUGGGGCAUGAGACUGUGGUGGACAUAGACAUCGCCCAGGAGAACUUCUCCUCCUCGGGACUCAUGAUCAUUGCAAGGAACUACUUGGACAUUUACCCGUAUGACAGGUGGAGUGCCAAGGUGAUCCCAGUGUAUGAGCAAGGCUCCCAGUUCCAGCCCUCUGCUAUCGAGAUGGUGGAUGGACAAACGAGUCCUCCGCAGCUGCUCACUGAAGCCGACCUCAUAUCCCUGAUGGAGAAACACGGCAUUGGCACAGAUGCAACCCAUGCAGAUCACAUCGAGACCAUAAAGAGUCGCAUGUAUGUGGGCUUAACAGCUGACCAGAGGUUUCUGCCUGGAGAGCUCGGCAUGGGACUGGUGGAGGGUUACAACUCCAUGGGCUAUGAGAUGUCCAAACCAAACCUGCGUGCUGAAUUGGAGGCGGACCUCAAGCUGGUAUCAGAGGGCAGGAAGGACAAACACACGGUGCUGCAGCACCACAUCCAGAAAUACAAGACCGUCUUCAUUGAGUCUGUCAGGAAGGCGAAGAAGUUGGAUGAAGCCCUGUCGCCAUAUCUGGGUGCAGCUCAGGAAGUGGCUGAAGCACAGCAGCAGGACAUGGAGUUCCCGCUGCCGGUCAGGAAGUGCCCUCAAUGCGGACAGGACAUGGUGCUGAGGAAGAAGAGGGAGGGAAACAGUAAGUUCCUGUCCUGCACAGGCUACCCAGCCUGUAAGUCAGCAGUGUGGUUCCCCGACACGGUGCUGGAGGUGAGCAGAGACGACAGCAUUUGUCCCACCUGUCUGCCGCACCCUGUUCACAUGUUGAAGUUCAAGUUCCGCAGGGGCAGCCUCCCUCCCACGAUGCCUUUAGAAUUUGUCGGCUGCAUCGGUGGAUGUGACGACACGCUCAGAGAAGUGCUGAACCUGAAGUACCUCCGAGCAGGCGGAGCAGGAGGGGAAGGUGGAGGAGGAGGGGGAGGAGGAGGGGGAGGAGGAGGAGAGGAUCCUCGUCCACCAGCUCCAAGGCCCCCCGGACCAGAGCCACCCAGACCCCGGGGUUCAAAUUCUCGAACUUGCCUUCCUCCUGCCCCCUCCUGGACCCCGCAGCCACAACCUCCGGCAGGCGGCAGCGCUCCCAGCGUAGAUGACGAUGUCAUUGUGUGUAACUGUGGUCAGGAUGCGCUCCUCCUGACCGUGCGCAAAGACGGCCCCAACCAAGGCCGUCAGUUCUACAAGUGCAACGCGGGGGGCUGCAACUUCUUCCUGUGGGCGGACCAGCCGAGUCAGCAGGGGGAGCCGCAGGGUCGAGGGCCUCCGCAGGGUCGAGGGCCUCCGCAGGGUCGAGGGCCUCCGCUGCAAGCGCCGCCGAGGCCCCCUCUGGGGUUCAGGACUACCCCUGGAGCAGGCAGAGGGCAAGAAGGGGGUGCAGGAGAACACACGGGACCGACAAUGUGUAACUGUAACGAGACAGCGGUGACGCGAACGGUGCAGAAGGACGGUCCAAACAAGGGCCGGAUGUUCCACACCUGCGGGAAACCAAGAGAGCAGCAGUGUGGCUUCUUCCAGUGGGCUGAUGAGAACGAACCGCCACCAGUUGGCUUCGGUGGUGGAUUUAAUGGCGGUGGAGACGGAGGGAGGAAGGGGAGGAAGAUCACGGGAGGUGCCACCGCUAACAAGCCUGCAGCUGCUAAGAAACCUCGUACCUGUGGCAUCUGCCACAAUCCGGGACACACCCGAGUCACCUGUCCCCAGCGGUGACCGCUGCUUAGAGACUCUUAACGUGGAGUUACUGAAGUCUCUGACUUCAAAGUGUGGAGUCAGAUAUGCAGCAAAACAGAUUGUACGUACCUCCUCCCAGGAGAUGGACCUCUUCCUCUGGUAUGUAGGAAUUCCAAGAGGGCAAAAACCGCUUCGAGCACCAGACCAAAGGCAUGUCAUGACUAAGGCUAAAAACAUGUAGUUUAUCAGGUCAAUAGAAACUAGACCUUUCCCUUCUCUUUUCAUCCAGCUCUAUUUUCUCAGGUCUCCUCAGAUCCUCAAUGUGUUUUUUCUCCGAGAAGAAUGGCUCUUUUCUGGCCCCUGGGGAGGAAAAGUUAGGGCUCAUUUUGGGGUCAGGUAAAACUUUGAGAAUCAACAUUUUAGGAAAUACGCUUAUUUGCUCUCUUGCCAAGAGUUAGGUGAGAUUGUUUGUUACCGCAGAAACCUGAAGAUGCUCAACUGUUAAUGGGAAAUUUGCUCAGCUGGUCAAAUAAAUCUGUUUAUCGGUGUUUUUUGCCCCCAACGGCUCCUUGCAGGCAGCGCUGCCUGCACUAGGAUUAGGCACUGGUUAUGGUUAGGGUUAGGUUUUUGGGUUAAAAUGUAACACCUGGGGUUAGGGUUAGGUGCCUUGGAGGCAGUGGUCGCAGCGCUGCCUGGAGGGAGCCGUUGGGGGCAAAAAACACCAUCGAGCAAUAAAUCCUCCGUCUAGUGUGUUUAUUCCCAAUCCUGACAGCUUGCCUCAGAUCAGUUUAAGGAGGGUGAUUCUGGCACAAAUUGAAUACAUGUGUAUUUUAAAGAAAACAUGUGCACACAGUUUCUUAAUAAUUAAUAGUGUAAUUAAUGUGUUUAUUAACAUGUUUACUACAGGUUCAUCAGUGUUGCCAUCACUAAGUAUCUGAAACAAGAGCCAAGUAUUUUACAUUUGUUGAUUCUUCAAGGUGGUUGUUGUUGGAAGAAACCACAAAAUAUAUUUUUACAUUGUGAAUAUGUAGGCAAAAAUACUCGUACUCUCUCUCCAGUCUGAGGAAGUGUCCGUACCAAGAUGUACUAUUUUAAUAUUGAUGACUGCUAAUAAACAUAAAUGUAUGGUAA